CAAACCCUGAUAAGUGCUGGCACCUGGACUCCGCUCAACUGCUGGCGAAAACUUAUCUUAUCUUCGGUCUAUUGGCCGAUUGUAUGAACAAGAUUCGGUUUUGUAUAUUUGUGGAGGCGGCAAUGUAACGUCUUCGUUGAUAGUGAGGAUAGCAAAGCCUGGCGGGAUGGUGCGUAGCUACUUUGGACGAAAGCGUUAGUCUUCUCGCACAUUUCUUGUAGCCUUUGAGCGGGCGCAGCGGUGAGGCCUGUGGCGCCGCGGGAAGGGAUGGCAGGCCGCGGGGAGCCGCCGGGCAUUUCCCCGAGUGACCUGCGCAGACUGCGCUACCAGUGCGUCGUCAACAAUCACGGGCGGCUUGUGAUGGUGCAAGUGUUCAACUGGUCGUACACGGGAGGCGGCCUUUCCGUGAAGGAGAGGCUGUUUCAGGAGCCCCACUUCUCCCACGCCCACUACAAGAAGCUGUUCAACGCCCACCAGAGAGCCAGGCUGGAGUCGGGGGAGCCCGUCAAGAGCUACGACGUCAGCCUCUUGUACCAGCUGCUGCGUCACGCGUGCGCGCUGGACGCGGACGACAGGCGCUGGGUCGCCGAGGACCCGGCGGGACCCUCGCUCGAGAACCUCCUCUACAAGAUCAAGAUGCACCGCAACAACCUGGCGCACGAGGACCUCCGGAUGACGCAGGAGGACAUGGAGGACAAACUGGAGGAGCUGCGGCGGCUGUUCGUGGACGCCAUCAGCAAGGCCGGCCGCCGCUUCUCCAGGCCAGACGACGAGGUAGCCAAGAUUCUGGAGGAUAUCAACACCAGAAUCGACCAGGUGUACAGGAAAGUACGCGAGCCCCUCGGGGAGGAGGACAUUGCACAAUACCAGCAGGACGUGAGGGAAAUGAGGAAGCAUCUGGAGAGCAGCAUCAAGGAGGCAGCGAGAGAAGAGUUGGAGCAACUGUACUCGCGGUUUUAUGAGAUCCGCCUUCUGCCGUGGCUCCUGACGGACUGCCAGGCGAACCCAAUGCAGAUCUUCACGAAAUUCACCCUGAAGGAGGAGACCGGUCUCACCGGGGAGCAGACUGCCAGGGAGGUUGCCCACAAUGGCAUUUUGGAAGUCAGGAGAGCCGACGGCAACGCAGCCGAUGUUCUGAUCGUCGUGGGCGACGGAGGAAUGGGGAAGACUACUUACCUGAAGUAUCUGAUGGAGAUGUGGGUCAAGGACCCGUCUUCCGUGCCCGGCCUUGGCCAGAUAGAACUUUUGUUUUAUAUAGAGUGUCGCAAUCCCAGUAUAGCCUCGCUUGAUCAGCUGAUUCGGAGCCUUCUGCACGACACACCAAGGAACAUUAACGUGGAGUACGACCACGUGCGCGAAUCCGUUCUUCACAUGCAAAUUCUCAUCCUCAUAGACGGCUUCGACGAGGUGAACGAGGCAUCGCGGCAGGUGAUUCAGGAGGCAUUGCACCUCCCCGGGGACAACGUGCGCCUUCUGCUGACGACGCGGCCGGGCAGCCUUUCGGCGCUCAGCGCGCUCGUGCCCCACAACAGGCGCAGGCUGGUUCUGCUGCUGGAAGGAAUCACCAAAGAGCACCACUCGCAGUUCGCUGGCCGGCUGUGCGAAAGCUUUGUGCCAGACGAAGACAUCAGAACCACAGUAAAGAUGGCAAUGGAGGAACAACUUGCACGGCUGGACACUUACCUUGGAACACACUUGAACAGUCCACUAAAUCUCACGCUGUUUACAAUGCUAAUCAUUCAAGAUCCAACUAUAACAGAGACUCUAACCACUGCCACUGCCCUGUAUGUAUUACUAACAAAACUGGUCACUGAGAAGCUUACUGAAAGGAUUUCGCGCAAGGUCUGGGACCCCGACAUUACGCACAAGAUCUCUCAGUUCGAGGACUACAGCGAUAGCCUGGCGCUCAGGGCCAUGAAGCGCCGCGAGUACGAGCUGCUGCCGGACACCGUGGAGUGCCUGCGAGGCAAGUGCCGUGAGCUGGGCCUUCCCCACGAGGAGCUCAUGUCUGCCUUCUUCACUGCGCGGUCCUGCCGGCGGGGUCCCUUCUCGGUGCUAACCUACUCCUACCACCACCUCAGACUCCAGGAGUUCUACACCGCACGGGACCUGUUCCGGAGUAUCGUGCACUCGCAGAAUGACGUCGUCCACUCGUACCUCGCCGAGGCCGUCGAGUGGAAGUCAGAACGAAGAUUUCAGAACGUGCUGGUCCAUCUGACGGGGCUCCUGGCGCGCCGCGGCGAGCACCUGGUCCAUGCCCCUUGCCUGCUGAGCCUGGCGCACGUGCCCUCCACUGCUGUGGACCCCCUGUUGGCCCACGUGGUGGAGGCGGGGCUGCACCCGCUCGUGGUGCAGGCCGCCGCCGCCGAGCUGCAGGCCCACAGCAGCAAGUGGGACGGCUGGGUGCAGGUGAAGGAACCGAGCAGCCUGAGUGCCUUGGCGCCUGUCCUCGACGAAGUGCCUGAAUGCGUGAAAGUGCUGGCGCUGACGGCGUUCUCCCGGAACCCAGCGGACGAACAUCUGGCGGCCGCCUUCCGCGCGCUCUCCCGAAAGGCCGUCCGGCUGGUCCUCGACCUCCCGAAUUUCUACUUCAGCGACCAGGACUUGUCGAUCACCGAAGAAACAUUCUGUUUGAUCUCGGCGGCCGGACAGACCUGUUGCCUGGAGGGCUUCCGGGGCCGCCUGACGCCCGCGGCGCUGCGCUUGGUGCCGCACUGCCUCAAGGAGCUGCGCCUGCGGGUCAACCUCGAGGACGUCCUCGUACUUGUCGACAUCCUGCCGUGCCUUCCCAACCUGGAAAUCCUGGGCUUGAAAUACGAGGACCCUGACAGGAGCGAAAUGGCCCGUCUGCCGCCGCUUCCCUUUCCUGGACGCAAACUGAGCUUCACCUUCACCCCCGCUCUGACGGACAGCGAGGGCGACCUGCAGUGGGCGAGCGGGGUCCUGGCCAAGCUGUGCUCCCAGCGGCCCGGCGGGAACUGCACCAGCAUCUUCUUCAGAGACACACAACUCACGCACACGGGCAUCAGGAGGCUCUUCGAGCUGCUGCACGAGCAGGGCGUCCGCGUGUCGCAGCGCCUGGACAUCAGCCUGACGCAGCGACCGCGAGACAAAGCGGAGCUCGGUGACCUGGCGACCUCCCUCGGCCUCGGGAACUUCAUCUGCCACUCGAACGCGCAGGGAGCACCAAGGCCGACCUUCCCGCAAGUUUGAGCCUUGGGCCAGGCGACGCGUGGAAGCUUUCAGAUUUCCAUUAACCUGAAGGAGAUGUCUGAAGAAAAUUAUAUCGACUCGCAAUACACAUGUCAACCAGCAAUGCCUGCAAUGUACAGCAGUGCACGGGAGCCGAGGGCGAGGCCUGAAAGUUGCUGUGCAACGCCUCAGCCGAAGAUAUGACGCAAUGGAUUCAGGGGAAGAGAAAUCCGGUUAUAAAUUCUCAAUAACAUAAAAAUGAAAAUGCUCUUUACAGUGAUGACAUGACAUCUUUUAACAGAGUAGACAAGUUUUCAAUAGUGAAUAAAAUGUAGUGUUAAUAAUUUCAUUGCUGGAUUAUCAACAUCAAUAUCUAAAUUGAAAAAGUAGGCGCGCGCGCGCGCUCACGCACACACACACACACACAUAAACACACACACACACACACACACACACACACUCACUCACUCACUCACUCACUCACUCACUCACUCACUCACUCACUCACUCACUCACUCACUCACUCACUCACUCACUCACUCACUCACCCACCCACUCACUCACUCACUCACUCACUCACUCACUCACUCAUACAUACAUACAUACAUACAUAAAUACGUACAUACAUACAUACAGAAUUACAUAGACAUAUACAGACAUACCUAUAUACACAUUUACAUACAUACCUAGAUGCACAAACAUUUAUGUACGUAUACCUAUAAAUAAGCAUACAUACAUAUACGUGAAUGGUAAAACACUAACAUGUUGAUACUAUGGUAGAAAAACCCACAAUGUAAAACUAGAUUUAUUGAAAAUGAGACUAUAAUUUUGGAAUCCACCAGGAUUCCAUCCUCAGGUUACUUUCAAUAAAUCUAGUUUUACAUUGUGGGUUUCUCUACCAUGCAUAUACGUGUAAAUACAUCUAUAUAUAAACAAACAGACACACAUAUAUAUGCAUAAUGUUGUGAAGCUCACUUGGCAGAGGUAAUGAGAAGAAGCUAAAAUCAUUCAAAGCAAAUUAUUCUUCUCUGGCAUUUCCAGUAUGCUGUUUUUUUUUCUGUUACCAGGUUAAUAAUGUAUUUUGUUAUAAUGUUGGUGUAAAUAUAUGACUUUAUCCUUUG